AUGCUUCGACACAGCGCGUCCUCGGGGGCGGACGGCGAGACGAAGGACGCGGAUCGACCGCUCACGCGAGAGGGUCGCGCGCUGGCGAAGAGCGUGGCGACGCGCGUCGACGACGCGGGAUGGACGCCCGAUCUCACGCUGUGCUCGAACUCGCGACGAUCGAAAGAGACGCUGGAGAUAAUGCGGGACGAGGUGAACGAGGCGUUCGGGACGAAGGGACGAGUGAUGUAUCUCGGGUCGCUGUAUCACUACGCGUCGCUGGACGGCGUGAUGCGACAACACCUGAGCGAGUGCGUGGUGAAGCAGACGACGGCGGGAGACGGCGCGGAUGGCGAGGAGGGGGACGUGGUGGAGUGUGAGAUCGUCACGGACGCGAGGACGAUCAUGGCGGUCGGGCAUAACAAAGGGAUGGAGGAGGCGGCGAGCGAGUAUUGCGGAAGAGACGUGCGCUUGCAAGUGGCCACGGCGGCGCUGCUCGAGCGCGCGCGAGGCGAGGGUGAUACGUGGGCGAGCGCGAUGGCGGACGCGGGGUCGUGGACGCUCGUCGCGGUCGCGACACCGGAGGGUAUUAUUCAAAUCUAG